UUUCUGUUAAAAGAUAACGAGGGCUUCCCUUGCUUGCUUGUCGCACCAUCUCUCUCCCCCACCAUGCCCACCCUCACCCUCGCUGACCCUCCCACUCUUCGCCUUCUUUCUCCCGUAAAUCUCCGCCGCUCCACCUCCAUCAGCUCUCCAUUUUUCUGUAGACCGUCUAAGAACAAUUGCACUGGUCCAUGGAGAGUCCGAUGUGCCGUCGCCGGGGAGUCUACAAUUUCUUCCUCCAAGGUCGGCGACGGAAAUAAUUACUCGCCGGUGGACUGCGUCAUCGUCGGGGCGGGAAUCAGCGGCCUCUGCAUCGCUCAAGCUCUCGCCACCAAGCACAGCGAUGUGGGCAGCAAUGUGAUUGUGACAGAGGCGAGAGAUCGCGUUGGGGGCAAUAUAACCACCAUGGAGGGGGACGGCUAUCUCUGGGAGGAAGGCCCCAACAGCUUCCAGCCUUCCGAUUCCAUGCUCACCAUGGCCGUGGAUAGUGGUUUGAAGGAUGAUCUUGUUUUGGGGGAUCCUAAUGCACCUAGAUUUGUAUUGUGGAAUGGUAAAUUGAGGCCGGUUCCCUCCAAGCCAACCGACCUGCCCUUCUUUGACUUGAUGAGUUUUCCUGGAAAACUCAGGGCUGGGUUUGGUGCCCUUGGCAUUCGACCUCCUCCACCAGAUCAUGAGGAAUCUGUUGAAGAGUUUGUACGUCGUAAUCUUGGUGAUGAGGUUUUUGAACGCCUGAUAGAGCCAUUUUGUUCAGGUGUUUAUGCGGGAGAUCCUUCAAAACUGAGCAUGAAAGCAGCAUUUGGAAAAGUUUGGAAGCUUGAGCAGAAGGGUGGUAGUAUAAUUGGUGGCACCUUCAAAGCAAUCCAGGAGAAAAAUAAUACUCCCAAGCCUCCGCGAGACCCGCGUUUGCCAAAGCCAAAGGGGCAAACGGUUGGAUCUUUUAAGAAGGGGCUUAUUAUGUUGCCAGAAGCAAUUUCUAAAAGGUUGGGUGGCAAAGUAAAAUUAUCUUGGAAACUUUCAAGCAUCAUUAGAUUGGAUGAUGGAGGGUAUAGUCUGACUUAUGAAACACCAGAAGGAUUAGUUUCUCUGCAGAGUAGAAGUGUUGUGAUGACUGUUCCAUCCCGCGUUGCAAGUAGUCUGUUGCAUCCUCUUUCUGCUGUUGCUGCAGAUGCACUAUCAAAGUUUUACUACCCCCCAGUUGCGGCAGUGUCCAUUUCAUAUCCAAAGGAAGCAAUUCGGACAGAAUGCUUGAUAGAAGGUGAACUUAAGGGAUUUGGCCAGUUACAUCCACGUAGCCAAGGGGUGGAAACCUUAGGAACUAUAUACAGCUCAUCACUUUUUCCUAACCGAGCACCACCUGGAAGGAUUUUGCUCUUGAACUACAUUGGAGGGGCUACCAAUCCUGGAAUUUUGUCCAAGACACAGAGUGAACUUGUGGAAGCAGUAGACAGAGAUUUGAGGAAGAUGCUCAUUAAUCCUAAUGCAAAGGAUCCACUUGUUUUGGGUGUGAGAGUAUGGCCGCAGGCCAUUCCACAGUUUUUGAUUGGUCAUCUUGAUCUCCUUGAUGCUGCCAAAUCUGCUCUCAGGGAUGGCGGGUUCCAGGGCAUGUUCCUUGGGGGCAACUAUGUAUCUGGUGUAGCCUUGGGACGAUGCGUGGAGGGUGCAUACGAAGUUGCAGCUGAGGUAGCUGAUUUCCUAUCGCAGAAUGUGUACAAAUAGUCGCAUUUUGGAUUUACUCUAGCGAUAAUAAGAGCUGCUGCAUCUGGUAGAAUGCACUGAUAAGGAGUUUUUCCUGGAGGGUCUCAAAGUUUUGAGUACUUUAUUUUGUUCCUAAGAGUUAUUUCACUAAUGAUUCCUAAUUACUGAGAAAAUCAAAGUUUUUCAGAAGCUUGGUCUAAAAUUCCUGAAAAAUGAGCUUUUAUUUAUUAUCUAUUUUUUUGUCA